AUGCUCCUACGCCUUCCACCAGAGUUGCUGUUGGACGUUAUUUCAAGGUUCGACCGAAGCGACCUUGCCGCCUUUUGCAGGGUUUCGAAAUUUCUCCAUGAGCUUACGGCCCCGAUCCUCUUCCAAUCUAUUACCAUUCCAGCGAAGGAAAACUGUCUCGACUUACUCGAGAUCAGCGGGUUGCUGCGCGCAAGCAACAGUGAUAAGGGUAACCUUCUCCAUUGUGUGAGGAAUGUGCAGAUAGUAUCCCCAUUUUUUCAAUUUAUGAAUACUGAGCGAUGUCUUCAUAAUGAUGAUAUUAUAACUUAUGCCCAUGAGGAGGAUGAAAAUGGAAUUUCUGAACCCCAAGGCGAUACUUUACCUAGGGACGACGAUACAAACGAGGCCGAAUCGAUGGAUAACCUACAAUGUGCGAAUGAAAAUGACGAUAUUAAGACGGGAAGGUGUUACUCGCGAAUGGAAAACAGAUGUGGGAUUGCUUCGUAUGAUUUAAGAGGAUUUACAAAACUUACAGCGCUUUCCUGGACGGGUCUCCGGAAUUACACAGAUUUCCAGGCCCUUCGAGAGUGUUUUGAGAGGACAUCAUCUCAGCUUAAGAUAAUCGAGUUGGACUUCUUGACCUGGCAGCAUGUGUGUGACGCAACUGGUUUGCUAUAUGGUAGAGAACCCAACUACUUUGCGGGGGACAUCCUGCGGCUCUCUCAAGGAGAUGAGAAGCUCGUUUUUCCAACCAUUAAACAUCUCUCCUUGUCAGGCCUAUCAUUCACCGGUGCUGAGAGAGAAAUGGCCUUCGCAUUUAAUUUCAAGUCACUCCGCUCGCUGAAGCUACGUUUUUGUCCCGGCUGGGAAAUGUUUUUGCGCCAGAUCGCUAGCACAACACAAUCAAUCCAUCUGGAAUCUCUUGUAAUACAGUCAGACUUUAAAUACGAUGAUGGGGAUUUCGACGCAGCUCCGAUUACCGCAUUCUUGUCUGCAGUCGAGGGUCUUCAGCACCUCUCCAUCUGCACCAAUUGGCAAUCCGGUACGGUACAGAUUUGGCGCGCUAUGAAGCAAAUUACUUCUCCCCUUACAUCCAACACAAGCCUGAAUAUUUUCCAUAUCAGGGAGUCUGGGUCUGUUCUUAGUCAAAAUGAGAGUUAUUGGAUCCACCGACUAGACAGUAAACUGGCCAAUGAUCAAAGCGAGGAAGGGCUUCCGUUCAGUGUGGGGUUAACAUAUGAUUUUGACGAGUUUGCACAAUGGGCAUUUGGGGAAAACGGUUUCUCGUCACUACAAAUACUGGCAUAUGGCGAUUUUUCUUACAGAGGAAGAUAUUCGACGACCAAUAUACUCCUUUGCAGGGAUUCGACGCCACCUCAGCACUCUAGUCCUCGCCAAAGAAACUACAGGCAUCUCGCAGAGACCGACAAGUCUCUUUGGCAUAUGUUACACCAAUACGCCUACGCCUUGCAAGCGUGUCCCGCUGGCUUCCUCCUGGAGGCUGCGCCACCUUUCGAUUUUUAA